CAUGUUGUCAUUUAGAUUUUCCUUGAUGCAGAUUGAAUCUAUUGAGGAGAUUAAGAUAAUUGUGCGCACGCCCGCUUGACGUCACGCACCCAAUGCACGCGCUGUACCAUGAGCUUAGUUUAGCGUCAGAGUGGAGGAUAGUCCGGAUCAGACGGAGUGGUUUUCUCUGCACCUGCACGGAUGUUUUCAGCUUUUGGGAUACAAAUGAACGUUUUCUCUCCAGGAUGUUGGUAGAAAGUUUCAAACUGAAUCACUAUAUUUAGUUAGAGUCCCCGCAACUGACUCGUUUGCUGUUUAUUUUGAUUUAAUUUUAUUUUAUUUUUUAAGUUUUUCUUCUCAUCGUCGGUGUGUGGGUUAGGGCUCACACCGGCGCAGACGGAAUGAGGAGGAGGAGGACCGUCUGCGCUGAUCCAUGUGCUUAUUUUGUUUUGGUCUGAUUUCACACAGUGUGGGCUUUUUUGAAUCUGCUGGACUCUCAGGUGGAAGAGGUGUGCGUCUCCUCUGUUGGAUCUACAGGAUGCAUCAUCAGCUCAGCCCUCAUUGUGCGCAACCAGACAAGUGGAUCGCUCUGAAAAGUUUUCUACAUCUUGUAUUCUAAGUGCACAACAGUUUGGAGCUCCAGAACCAACAAAAUGAUUUUAACUUUUGUCCUUACACUGUCCACCCUGGAUUUGGUGUUCACCUUGAAGGCUAGCGUCCCGGACCGUCCCGUCCGGCUGGACUGCGUGAAGGCCAGCGAGCAGUGUCUGAAGGGGUUCUCCUGCAGCACCAAGUACCGGACCAUGAGACAGUGCGUGGCGGGGAGGGAAAGCAACUUCAGCGCGGUCACGGGUCCCGAGGCGCAGGGCGAGUGCCGCAGCGCAAUAGACGCCGUGAAGCAGAGCUCCCUUUACAACUGCAGGUGCAGAAGGGGCAUGAAGAAGGAAAAGAACUGUCUCCGGAUCUUUUGGAGUAUAUUUCAAAGUUUGCAAGGUAAUGAUUUACUGGAAUACUCUCCAUACGAGCCGGUCAAUAGCCGGCUCUCAGACAUCUUCCGCUUGGCUCCCAUCAUUGCUGCUGAACCUGCUUCUACAAAGGAGAACAACUGUCUGAAUGCAGCCAAGGCCUGUAACCUGAAUGACACAUGUAAAAAAUAUCGCUCUGCUUACAUCAACCCCUGCACUAGCAGGGUGUCCACAUCUGAGGUCUGCAACAAACGUAAAUGCCACAAGGCUCUACGACAGUUCUUUGACAAGGUUCCAACUAAAUACAGUUAUGGGAUGCUGUUCUGCCCCUGUCCAGCGGGAGAUAAGACGGCCUGUGCAGAACGAAGGCGGCAAACGAUUGUCCCCAUCUGCUCCUAUGAGGAUAAAGAAAAACCCAACUGUCUUUCACUUCAGAACACGUGCAAAACCAACUAUAUCUGCAGGUCAAGGCUGGCAGACUUCUUCAGUAACUGUCAGCCAGAGAUUCGCUCCAAAUCAGGCUGCCUUAGAGAGAACUACGCUGACUGUCUGCUGGCUUACACUGGUCUUAUUGGUACAGUGAUGACGCCCAACUACAUACGUUCAUCUGGUAUCAGCCUGUCCCCAUGGUGCAACUGCAGCAGCAGUGGCAACAGCAAGGCAGACUGUGAUAAAUUUUCAGAGUUUUUCAUCAACAAUCGAUGUUUGCGAAAUGCCAUUCAGGCAUUUGGUAACGGUACAGAUGUGGGUGUAUGGCAACCCCAACCCCCGGUCCCCCCAACCGUGGAGCAGAGCAGUACUCGAAGAGAGAAAGGCAGAUCGAACAACGUAGUGGACAUUUUGGCAGAACUGGAUCUCAACAGCGACACACAUCACAUCUGUGGGACCCUGCAGGUCCAGAAUCUGGUUUCAAAUCAAACGGCGGGCACAGCUUUUUGUCCGAACCACCAUUUGGAUGAGUCUGGUACUUCCAACGCCGUUCCCAGAAGCUCACCAGCUGACUCCAGCUGCCUUCACCCCUCCACUAUGCUCUUUGGGCUGGCGUCUGUGUUCACAUCCACAUUUUUACAGCUCAGAGGUUUCCAGAUUUUCUAGGAACCAAGGACUUAAACAUCUACCUUCUUCUUUCAAGAUUUUGUUUUAAACAUUCGUCCAAGUGGAACAGGAACUAGAGAAUCACAGUGAAAUCGUAGGCAUUGGUGGAUCUUAUGUUGACUGCUGCAGAGAUUUCACCUCAUUUGCCUUCAGUGCUGUGGGGGUAAUUUGCUAAAACCUGGGAAAAUAUACAAAUAAAAUAAAUUAACCUGGGGGCCAUCAUGUUUGGUUGAUAAAAUCUGAUCGGUGUGCCAUCACUGCCUGUGUGACUGAUGCCCGGACCAUUCUACAAGCAAAUCAUUCUUCAAGAGAUUAGCUUUGGAAGUGAAAUGGAAGAAAGUGUAAAUACUGAGGACAUUUCAUAGGAGUUUUGAUUCAUAAAUGUCUCAUUCAAAAGUCAGAUUUGUCAGAGAAUCAACCAGGGACCGUUCUGCAAAACUCUACAUGUCUGGUAUUAGAAAUAGGUCCGUUUUGUAGAUUUGCUCGUCAAGGUGGUUUGUGGCUUUGUCACAUCACCUUAUUUUGUAUAUAAAAUCAUACUCUGUAGUACGCUGCUGUUAGAUUAACAGAUGUUGUGUGUAAUAUUUUGAGAGUUGAUAUUAGUACAGCUGACUGUGGUCCGUCUGAAUCAUCCAGCCUUGUCCUUACUAACAAAUCAUGGUUCUCUUAUGCGGUUCCGAUACGAUUUUACUGUGUGAUUUCUUAUAUUUAAAAGUGCAUUCUAGUAACUUAUCAAAGCUUCUGUAACAGCGAAGGGUUCUAAAAGUCUCUUUGAAGGCGAAAAAUGUCAAAAAUAUUAUUCUGGUUCUAAUUUUUCCACAUCAGAAUGUUUUUGUAAGGGCAACAAACAACAUGAAAAAGCACCCAAGCAGAGCAAAAGACAAAUGCUAACAGACGUUAAGUAAUUACAGCUGCUGGGAACAAAGGAAAAGAUUAAACACAUAGUUAAGAGCCCAAAUGAUCAAAAACAUUGAAGGAAUGUACAACAUAAUAAAAGCUUCUUUUUGAAUCUC